UUUUGUUUGCAAUGUUAACUGUCAGAUAUUGUUUUUCGUCAUAAAAUUUUGCAAAAUAUUUUAAUUUCCCAAGUGAUAUUUGUGUAAAAAUCUAUGUCAAGGUCAUUAAUUUGUUGUAUUUCAAACAUAGAUUUUUCUGGGAUUUGAGUAGUGACUAGUCUGUUCGUAUGUCAAAUGGAGAGCAUAGGCAUUUAUGGCGUAUUGUUAUUAGAAAUUUUAUAAAUUCGUUAAGACCUAGGCAAAUUAAAGGAAAUAAUAUAGGAAAAGAUUAUAUAGGAAAUGUGUAUUAUGAAAUACCUGCUGACCCAAGCUUGGGUAAAAGGAAGCCCACCAGAUGGUAUGAUCCUCCUUCAGGGCAAGACUUUAAAGAUCCAAUUCCAGCAGAAUGGGAGUCAUGGCUCCGAAUGAGAAGGAAAGAACCACCAACAGAAGAGGAAGUAGCAAAAAAUCUUGCCAUAGCAAAAUUGAAGAAGGAGAAUGCAGCUAAACUAGAAGCCAAGAGAUUGCAAGAAGGAGGUGCUACUCCAUCAAUACCAGAGAAAGGGCCUCAGUCCUUCCCAGUUUAUGAUGAAUUCCAUACGGGAGACCCAGAGGAUCAUCCUAACAAACAAAAAAAAUAUUGAGUUGCUACUAUUUCUAUAAGAUGUAUUUAUACUGUAUUCGAAAAUGAAAUUAAAAACUAAAGCAUACUAUUUCUAGAUACAUUUGCAUGCCUUUGCCAGUUUUUAAAUAAUAUAUUUUUAUUGACAUACAAAUUGCUACAAGUGAACAUAUUAGCUUUGCCAAAGAUAUUUUUCAUAUAUCGUUUGCUAAUAGUUCUGUACUGCUUUGUUGAUCACACAUAAUGUCCAAUAAAGUAAAAAAAUCAUAAGGAACUUUCAACUUUAUUAACAUUUUUAAGGAUAUCUGAUAGAUGAUUGUUAAUGUAGUACUGUGAUUUAGAAUUAAUUAGAUUGAUAAUAAAAUAUGCAAUUUUAAAUGUAA